AUGGAUCGUCUCGUUGCUCGUAUCCAGCGACAAAGCCGUUCAAAACAGUUUCCCGAUGCGUUACUUUUCACCGUACUUGGCAACAGUGAUUGUAAACCAAAGCAAAUUGCUAACGGAGUCUUACUAUUCCAAAGUGGCGAUCAGAUUUUUUACUGGUAUUUACUACUAUCCGGUGAAGUUCAGCUUUUUCUCUCUACGGCCGAUAAUGAGCGUAUAAUCGAAACGUUACAACCAAUUGCGCUUUUUGGUGAAUUAUCAAUUUCACGGCAUUCCUGCUCAGCACGUAUUAUACGUCCAGCUGAAAUUGUCACCAUCAAUCAAAGUCAUUUUGUCGCCAUUUAUAAUGUUUGUGUCAUUUUCUUCGUCAUUAAUUUCAAUAAUAAUUAA